UUGAUAGGGCCGAUAUUGUUGGACAAUUAAGCAAUUGAUCUUCUUGUGUCACAUCAUACCCGGUUCCACGAAUACCACGAGUUGGUUGGCUUGAAGUGGAGAACGGUAUAGAAAGAACGAAUCAUAUUAUCGAUUGGUGGGAUAGAUGUGAGAACAAUGAUUGGUGCUCCGUCGCUGCAAGCACGGUGGCUACCACUACUUGUAGCUGUAUCAUUGACCAUCCCCGCCGCUUUAUUAGGAUGCUACACGUCAAUCUUCAGCUUCGGCGACUCGCUCACUGAUACUGGAAACUUGCAAUUCAUUACGUCGUCUCAGCGCCCUGAUUGCUUGCGUCCUCCCUACGGAUCAACCCAUUUUCAUCGCCCCACUGGACGAUGCUCCGAUGGUCGCCUAAUCCUCGAUUCCAUUGCCGAAUCUCUGCAUCUUCCACUGGUGAAACCGUAUUUGUUUAUUAAAAACGGGAAUGUGAAGGAUUGGAGUACACAGCAGGGGGUGAAUUUCGCAGUUGCCGGAGCCACUGCGGUGGACGGUGUGUUCUUUGAAGAGAAAGGUUUUGAUGUCGAAGUUGCUGCCUACUAUUCUCUGAGGGUACAAGUAGAUUGGUUCAAGGAAUUUCUGCCUUCUUUCUGCAAUUCUUCUUCAAGCUGCAAAAAAGUCGUUGGCAACGCCUUAUUUGUUGUUGGAGAGAUCGGAGGCAAUGAUUAUGGUUAUCCCUUGUCUCAACCAAGGAGCUUGGAAGAGCUUAAAACUUACGUACCGCAAGUAAUCUCUGCAAUCACCUCAGCAAUCAGUGAGUUGAUUAACGCAGGGGCUGUAACACUAAUGGUUCCUGGAAAUCUACCACUGGGAUGCAAUCCAGCCUAUUUAACUAGGUUUGCAGUUAAAGAUGGAGACGAGUAUGACAAAGGUGGCUGCUUAAAAUGGUUAAACACGUUUUUUGAUUACCACAAUAAGGUGCUUCAAACUGAACUCAAUGAACUUCAAGUGUUGUAUCCCCACACUAAAAUCAUCUAUGCCGAUUAUUUCAACGCUGCAUUUCAGCUUUACCGUUCUCCAGAACAAUUUGGAUUUGACAACAAUGUUCUGAAAGUUUGCUGUGGAGGUGGGGGUCCCUACAAUUUUAAUGAAUCAGCACUAUGCAGCUACUCAGGAGUGGUACAUAUUGAUGACCCUUCAAGAUAUGUGAGCUGGGAUGGCUUGCAUUUGACUGAGGCUGCUUAUAGAUGGAUCACAAGGGGUUUAUUGGAUGGAACAUACACUAUUCCUGGGCUUGGUACAUCUUGCACUUCACAAUAUGUGACCUCUGAGGGACAAACAACCUUAGCCUUCAACUUCAAGUCACAAACAAACAUGAUGAUCGAUGCCACGUGAGAGAGAAUAUGAGAUGUGUAUGCUUGCAAGACAAGACAGGUAUUUGCAACUUGUUCUCUCAAUUUAUUGAUUAAUUUCCCAUACAAUGCCACUGUUAAAACAAAAAAGGGUGAUAUGAGGACAAAAGGUGAGUCACACAAGGAGAGAAUGAAGGAAGAGCAAGAAACUUGAUGCCACCAAUUUUAAUUUAAGCAUAUAAUCUUACCAGGUUUCAUAUAUCUCAUGUACUUUAAGAAUUUUACCUUUG